CGAGCGAAGAGUUUUGGAAGUUGUCGCCCCACGAGAAUGUGGCACGCAUGAGGCUCAAACUGGAGCCGCAGUUGUAUCCCAACAAGCACGAGAAUGCGGCGAAUCUGCGGGACAAUGCGACCAAUGCCUACGACACAAAGGAAAUAUCCGAGUUUGAUUCAACCAUCAAGAAUGCGGUGGUGCGUGACUUUCUGGCCGAUGAUGAGAGCUCCCAGCUGGAGGAGGAACUGCGUCAAUUGAUCGACACACAGUCACAGCAGGAUGCGGCUUUAGAGAAACUAGUCAUGUCACAGGAUUGUGAGCUUAUAACGCUAAUGACCAAGGUCAAGGGUCGCAUUGAGGUCAAUCAGAGUGUGUUUACCUUUGUGGAUCUGAGUCCAGCCUCAGAGGAUAGAUGUGUAUAA